AUGGAAAAACUCAACAGUAUGCGUGGAAAUAAAGAAGGGUCCUUUACGUAGUCCCCCCCCCCUCAUUUUCUUCUUUAGCUACUGGGCUACUUUUAUUCCGAUUGACAAGGACCAGAAGCGCUGCCAAUCAACUAGGCAGCCCGCCUCCUUUGGCUAGGAGCGGCUUAUAGGAAGGGGACUAUCGCACUAUUGCAGGGUUUCUGUGACAGUUGCGUGGCCUGGGACACCUUCGUCCGGGGAUCAGCGAAGGGCCUCCCCUGUCAACCUUAAAGCUCUUUCUCCGGGAAUCAGAAAUGGAUUCCCUAUCUGCAGUUCCUUCACUUGUCUCCCUGGCAAUAUCGUCCCUCUUCCUCCUUCCUCCACCCCUCUUCUCUGCCUGAUGGUACUCGCCCUUCGUGCUCGGGUCAAAGUUUUCCGGCGGGGAAGCGCUGCCAUUGCUACUUCGUCCGGCCAAGAGCGGGGCAUCGUGGCGUCUCGGUCGGGGGCUGCAUGGCGUUGCCAGGUGGAAAUAAAGAUAACAUCAGAGCAGGGUGCAAGAAAUGUGGCUAUCCUGGUCACCUGACAUUUGAAUGCCGAAACUUUCUUCGGGUGGACCCUAAAAGAGACAUAGUUUUAGAUGUCAGCAGCACAAGCAGUGAGGAGAGCGAAGAAGAGGAGCUGGGAAAGCUGCAGGCCAUUCCAGAAAAAAAGGGGACUUCUGCGGAAGAAGAAAAGAAAAAGACCAAAAAGAAAGGCAAAGAAAAAUCAAAAUUAAAGAAAGCAAGGAAAAGGUCUUGUUCCUCAAGUGCCACAGAAGAGGAUGAGCCUAAAUCGAAAAAGCAGAAAUCCCACAAAAAGGAAAAGAAGGAGAAAAAGAGUAAAUCCAAGAAAAGAAAACAUCACAAAAAGGGGAAAAAGAAGAGAAAAAAGGAGAAAGAUUCUUCAUCUUCUGAUAGCUCAGACUCUUCCAGCAGUGACUGAGGACCAAGCCAGGGAUGUAGUUCAGUCCUGAUUAGGAGUAUAAUGAUGCCCAGUUAAAAUAUGUAUAUUUUUAUUGAAAAAGUCUGUUGUUUAUAAAUAUUUCACCUUACAUUAAAGUAUUUUUUUUGAAA